CAGCAAUGAUAAAACUUUCUAUAGUCAAUCUAAACAACUCUGUUUGGUAACGGAUGGUCAUUCAUUACUCUUUUGUAUGUGUACAUUAUUUCUAUCAAUUGAUCCUACUACACGUUUUAUUAAAUGUAUUAUCUUAUUCUUAUGACUGUUACUUCAAUUCAUCAUCUUUGACAACUGUUAGCAAGGUACCAACGACGAAUACCAGCACGAUACCAGAGGUUGAUGCAUUAGUUUAUGAAUCAGUGGCCAAACAAUGGGGUGAUAUAUCUCUUAGACAGCGUCGUAAUUCAUCUUCAACCAUGUCCACUUCUUCAUCAUGCACAUCACUUGUUUUAUCACCGUCGUCAUCUACGACCUCGCUAGGCUCUCACUGGAGCUUUGACUCAAAACGAUCAAGGGUAGCAGAGCUAAUUCAUUUAUUCGAGACUGGUUCUCAUCCUGAGCAAAGAAGACAUAGUAUAGACACAUGCUACCAUUUUCAUUCAAGACCUUAUAUCCAGCAAAGACGAUUUGAAUAUAUACCUACUUUGAAAGAAUGGGAGAAGAGGGAAGACAAACGUCUCCCUAUCCAAUUAGUUUCAUCACAGUCAACCCCCAUCAAAAAAUUGGUAAAGAAGCGUGAAACAAAGAUAAAUGAUACAUACUCUCAGUGCAAGGUCACAUCAGCACGUGACCUUUCUUGGACUCCAACACAAAGACAUCGAAGCUCUUGAAAAAGAGUGAGCAUUUCUUUUCCUAGUCAAUAAAAUCAUCUAUUUCGGAA